GUCUCCUCCAGGUGAGAUCCAGAGCGACGUGGUGUUCCGUGAGGGACAGACUCUGGGCGGUCACGUCACCUACACGCCUCGCCUCAUCGUCAUGGAUCUUAAAGGAAGUCUUCGAACUCUGCGACAGGAAGGAGGUCUGUACGACGCGGGCAGAGACGCCGCCGCCGUCAGCUGGGAUGGCAGCCUCAUGAUGCACCAGGAGAGUCCUCCAGAGAAGAACUCCUUCCUGGAGGACCUGGACAAGCUGGACAAAGGACAGAUCCUGGCAGAGGCAGACUUCACCUGCGACACUCAGCCUCCAGCAGCAGCCGUGAGCGUGGACACGGUCAACAGCCGCCUGACUCRGGUCCAGAAGAGCUACAGGCUGGAGCGCAGCGUGAAGGUGUGGUCYGACUUCCUGCGGAUCCACCUGCACCCCCGCACCGUCUCCAUCAUCCACCAGUACAACCAUGACGGAGAGGCUCAUCGUCUGGAGGCCUUCGGUCAGGGAGAGUCUGUCCUGCAGGGGGCGCUGCUGGACGAGCUGGAGGACAAACUGCACUUCUUUGUGGAGGAGUGUGACUAUCUGCAGGGGUUCCAGGUUCUGUGUGAUCUGGCUGAUGGAUUUGCAGGCCUGGGGUCAAAGGUCACAGAGCUGCUGCAGGACUCUUACGGUGGGCGGGGCAUCCUGACCUGGGGGGCGUGGCCUGUGAGUCACCCUGGUUCGACUCCUCUGAGGGACCGCUUCCACCUGCUGAACUGCACCCUGGGUUUGGUCCACAUGGCCGCUCACAGCUCCCUGUUCUGCCCCCUGACCCUGAGGGGCGGGCUCUGCAGAGGCCCCGCCUCCCCACCGGAGUUCCCCCACCUGACUUAUGAUCCCUCGCUCUGGUACCACUCCAGUUCUGUCCUGGCUCUGGCGCUGGACAGCCUGACGGCGCCGUACAGGCUGAGGAACAACAGCGCCCCCAUGUGGCAGGUGGCGGACUCGCUGGCCGUGUCGGGGAGGAAGGUGGUGGCCGCCUACGGCGCCGUGCCGUUUCCCAUGAUGCUCGGCAGCUCCUUGCCCGACGCCCUGAGCGCCUGCGCUGACGCGUUGCCAUGGAAACCCCUCUCGGCGUGCCCGGAGGCGGGGGACGGUCGAUGCUACGGGCAGUGGGCCACGCURAAGGGCCUGGAGGACCAGAAGCUUCUGGGGUGUUUGUCUCCGGGGAUCAAACCACCGACACCGCUGCACGCCCUGCACAGCGCCGAGGACGUUCUGUCCGCCUACAUGUCCUCCUUCUUCCCCUCAGCUCCUCUGGCGCUGCAGCUGGUGGCCACGCCCAGUAAGCUGACUCCGCCCUUCCCGCAGAUCUUCAGCAGGUCCCUCAGUGCUCAGGGCUUCCUGCAGAGCGAGGCGGCGCCCCCUGCUGGUGCUCCGGCCCCGCCCGUCUCCUCCGUCCCCGUCUUCACGUCGCUCCAGUCAGGCCCCGCCCUCGAGCCCUGGCUCUCACAGCUGCAGCGAGCCGCCAACGCCGUGGACGUCCGGCGGGUCGCCCCCAGCUUCCUGUCCCAGGGCCCCGAGCUGAGCGAGUACCAGGAGGCCCUGGAGGAGCUGCGCCUGCUGGCCCGGCGCUACCGUGACGACAGCAGCGGCGUGAUGCGCUCCUCCUCAGAGGAGGAGGAGGAGGACUGAUGAAGGAGUUACAUGAAAGAAACGGUUCCUGAAGGACCAGGUCCAGAACCUGGUCCUUGUACAUUUGAUCAGGUCCUGACCCUCCACAGGUCCUGAUCCAGACUCCAGUCCAGGAGAAGUGGUUCUGGAGUCUGGAGGUGAGUUUCUGACAGGUUCCACCUCCUCAGCUCGUCUUCAGGUUCCAGAAAAGUUGAUAUUUAACAGAUGUUUUCUUCUGGAGCCUGAAAGCUUCAGUAAACAUCUGAUUUCUGUUCAGACUGUUUUUAUUUUGAUAAUAAAACUAAUCAAACGUUUAAA